AUGGCUAGUGGCAAUAGUAUAGAAGCACUCAUAGGAACAUGGGAACAUGUUCGCAGUGAAAAUUUUGAAGGAUUCUUGAAAGAAAUGGGUGUUUCGAUGGCUUUUCGCUUGUUAGCUAAAAGUAUGAGUCCUCGUCUUGUUAUUAGUGAAAACAAUGGCAUCUGGACAUUACGCACUGAAAUGCCACUAAAAACUAAAUUGAUAAGUUUUACACCUGGUGUCCAAUUUCAAGAUACAACUCCCGACGGAAGUGAAGUGCAGGUACGUUGA